AUGGAUACAUCUGAUGUUAAUCAAAAAUAUAACGAUACAGUUGAUAGAUUAAUAAAGGAGGGUACUUCCAUGCCUCAGGUUUAUGCUCAACCUUUGACCUACCUGAACUAUACUCGAGAAUGCAAUAUAAAUUUAUUUUUCUUGCAGAUAUACACGCCUACCGGUUUCGAGAGGUACACAGCAACCUACUGCGUCGGAGGCUAUAGAAUUCAUUUCACAUUAUGGGAUACAUCAGGUACUUCUGCGUACGACACAGUUAGACCACUUGCUUACAAAGAUGCCAGCGUCUUCCUCCUUUGCUUUACAAUUGGUGGCCCCGACACAUUGGAUAACACAAUAAAUAAGUGGUAUCCCGAAAUCCGUCAACAUAGUCAGAACAUACCCAUCAUUCUUUGCGGCUGCCAAAGUGACCUUCGAAACGACGCGGAAACCAUGUGCGCCUUGGCUAAGCUGAAGAAAGUGCCUGUCACGUCAGAACAGGCUCUGGGUGUCUCUCGUCAAAUCCAUGCGACAACAUACGUGGAGACUUCCUCUCGUUCUUGUCCACGUAGCGUCCGGGAUGCCUUUGAAAUUUCUGCUCUAGCUGCCCUGGGGAAACUUAAUAAGAAUCACAUCCUCCGUGCUGCGACUGCCCCACCUUUAUCUACGAUGAGCUCCAGGGCCAAGUACAAGAACAAGGACGUCCUUAAGGAUGAUCUACGAGACAGAACACGCAACUGCGCCCUCAUGUGAAUUUAAACAAGACAAAAAACGUCAUCUUCCUCUUACGUGCUUAAGAUAUUCACUGUAACAAAUGACUGAAAUUCAUAAGGAAACGUUCCUUGAAAUUUAAUAGCUGCUAACAUUUAUUCUUUAAGUUAUAUUUGGAUAAAUUUCACUUCCAUUUCUUUCGGCAAUAAUUGGAAAGUAUGCUGAUAUAUCUGCAUUAGAUUGAAGGCUAAGGUUGCUACAGAAAAAGUUUUCAUUCCAUAUAUAUUUUUGUCCUUAAAAUAAAAGGGACAGAAAAGCUUUCAAAAAUAUUAAAAUAUUUCUUUUAUCUGAAAGAAAACAUAAGCCUCUUUACGCAUAUUUUCUUACUUAAUUUAUUUCUUAUCUCAAUUGAAAUGAGAAAAAAUUCGUAUACUGUCUGGCCCAUGAGUGUAGCAUUAUAGAGAAAUUUUAGAAUCUCUUUAAAAUUCUCCCCAUUUGUUUAUUAUACAUAUGUCCAGUUUAUUCUGCAGUUGCAGCUUUAAGGAGCCUAUGACAAAAGAAUUCAUAUCAUCAACCAGAUGAUGGAAACAUUCUUUCAAGUAUAGAAAAACGGUAAUCUACGGUAAUCAACUCUAAACUGAGAUUUUUAAAUGACCCUAUCGAGUAAAAGACAAAGAAUGAACUUAGGCCUUCAUUAAGGCCAGUCAUUAUAUUCUCGAUGAUUAUAUGAUGAAUCGAUCUAGAUUUUGAACAACGAUCGCUUUUAUUUUAGACACUCAUCAUACGGACAUUUUAAAAAUAUUUUCUCGUGCAACCUACAGUUUUCCAGUAACAUUUUGAUAGAAAUUUCUAAGAACAACUUAAAUUAUGGUACUGCAAUUACGUAAGUAAUCGCUAAUAGAUAUGUUUACUGAUGUUACUGUCAGACAAGUGAGAUAAGUCACAACACAACAGCAAGGGGAUUAUGGAAAUUUUAUACGUAAAAGUGCAUCUUUAUCAAUACAUAUCGUCCCAUUUGCAGAUUUAUAAACUAUUGUUAAAGCACUAAUUCCUAAGUACGUGUUCACAGUUCUGUUAUUCAUGCGUACGUAUAACAUGCUAAAUUAGAGUCUGAAAUGUAAUUAGAAUGUAUAGAAAACUUCAUACUGUAAAUAAAAUUAAAAUAAUUCUUAUUUUUCGUAACAUAAAGUGAAAUGUUUUUAUUUAAAUUGUAUCGGCAUUCUUGAAACACUUAGGUAUAUAUAAAAUAUCCUAUAUUUUCCAUACAUACUAUCAUAAUAUAUGUCAACAAAAACAGAAAAUAAAUUUUAAGACAUUCAAAUCAGACAUUUUUGUUCCCGAACCUCCAAAUAGGAUUGUUGUUAUUAUUUAAAUUUGGAAUAAAAUUAGUUAAAUUCAAAUUCUGAAUUAUAAGUAAGUCAUACGUAUUUGGAAGAUGACGUUUGAUAAAAAAGGAUUUCACAAAUAUUUGGACAACAGAGUUCGGAAAAAGAUUGUGGGAAAUAAUUUUAAAAGCAAACUAAGCCACAAAUUUUAAAACUGUAUGAAAAUGUUUAAUUUAAUGGGAAAACUGAUUAAAUAUGAAUAUGACUA